UCCCUUUAAAUCUGCUGUACUUCAAAUAGACUAGUGUAACACACUACUGUAUACACGUGUAUGAUGCUCCUGUGUCACCCCUUUGUGCUCAUCCACUUCCAACACUCUAUUGUGCUCACUUCUAGAUCUUCACCACCAUUAGCCAGCACUUGUAAACCUCUCCAGAUCACUUCACAUCCAUGUGAAAAAAAUGCUCAAUAUAGUGUAAUAUCUCUGGUCAUCUCCUGUACUGUGUCAGCAGUCUCUGGUCAUCUCCUGUAUUGUGUCCGCAGUCUCUGGUCAUCUCCUGUACUGUGUCCGCAGUCUCUGGUCAUCUCCUGUACUGUGUCCGCAGUCACAGGUCAUCUCCUGUACUGUGUCCGCAGUCUCUGGUCAUCUCCUGUACUGUGUCCGCAGUCUCUGGUCAUCUCCUGUACUGUGUCCGCAGUCUCUGGUCAUCUCCUGUACUGUGUCCGCAGUCUCUGGUAAUCUCCUGUACUGUGUCCGCAGUCUCUGGUCAUCUCCUGUACUGUGUCCGCAGUCUCUGGUCAUCUCUU